AUGCGAUUCCUGCAGAUCCUACGCAUGGUGCGCAUGGACCGGAGAGGAGGCACUUGGAAAUUGCUGGGUUCAGUAGUAUAUGCUCACAGCAAGGAGCUGAUCACUGCGUGGUAUAUUGGUUUUCUGGUGCUAAUCUUUGCCUCCUUCCUGGUCUACUUGGCAGAAAAAGAUGCAAACAAAGAGUUUUCAACCUAUGCUGACUCUCUUUGGUGGGGAACGGUACGUUUUCCUCUGAUGUGUGAUACAAAGAGCAUGUUGUGA